CUCAAUAGUCUGUGUGCAGUUCGUGGUGUGUACGUGCAGCAACACAAGCAUCGGUUUUCCGUUAGCAUUAGCAGAUGACGCACUGAGCUAAACCAUGGCUCCUUUUCCGGACGAAGUGGAUGUUUUCACUGGACCACACUGGCGCAUGAAGCAGCUGGUGGGUCUGUACUGCGAAAAGCUCUCUCAAACUAACUUCUCCAACAAUAGCGAUUUCCGCUCCUUCCUUCAGUCACUGUGUGUCACCUUCAAGGAGUUCAAGAUGCAUGAGCAGAUUGAGAACGAGUACAUCAUUAGCCUGCUGCAGCAGCGCUGCUGCACCGCCUACAACGUUCACUCCGACAACAAACUGUCAGAGAUGCUGUCCCUCUUUGAGAAGGGUCUGCACAGCGUGAAGAGUGAAUAUGAGCAGCUUAACUAUGUCCAGCAGCUGAAGGAGAGACUGGAGGCUUUCACCCAGGACUUCCUGCCACACAUGAAGGAAGAAGAAGAGGUGUUUCAGCCCAUGCUGAUGGAGUACUUUUCCUAUGAGGAACUGAAGGACAUAAAGAAACAGGUGAUGGCUCAGCACUGCAGCCAGCAGCAGUGGAGCUGUGCUGCUGAGAUGCUGAAGGGCUUCAGUCUGUGGAGUCAGGUGGAGCUGCAGAAGGCCUUCAAAUACACAGAUCACGUCAAAACGGAUUAUGAACUGGAACACAAAACCCACCUUUCCACCCACAUCUCCCAGCUGCCCACAGAAAUCCUGCUGAGGUUCUUCCGUUAUCUGAGCCCUCAGGAUCUGUGUCGUUGCAGUCAGGUGUGCAGCUCCUGGUCCCAGCUCUCAAAGACUGGUUCUCUGUGGAGACACCUGUAUCCUGUACACUGGGCCAGAGGUGAUUAUUACAGCGGUCCACCAGGGGAUCUUGACCAGGAACCUGACGAUGAGUGGGUAAAGAGUCGGGUGAACGAGGGUCGAGCUUUUCAGGAGUGGGACGAAGAUGCUGACGUGGACGAAUCAGAUUUGUCGAACCACACCAUCAGCUCUGCGGUGAUAGGCACGGCCUGCAGAGAAAAGCGUCUUCUGAACGGACUCAUUCAGAACCUUCUCCCGUCUGUAGGCUCGUCAGUAAAGACAAUGGUUCUGGCCUACAGCUCCACUGUCUCCAGUAAAAUGGUACGACAGAUUCUCAGUUUCUGUCCCAAUUUGACUUAUCUGGACUUGACUCAGACGGAUGUGACUGAUUCUGCUUUCGACAGCUGGUCUUUUGGACCUUGUCUUUCCCUGCACCACCUGGAUUUGUCAGGGUGUGAGAAGAUCACUGACCUCACCCUGAAGAAGCUCUCUGUAGGCCUGGGUGAUCUGACUCCGCCCACCUGCUCUGACAAACGUUCAGACCGACGAGCCAAGUUGCUGAAAAGCUCCACGGUUCCCAUCACACUAAUGGACGAGAGGAAUCUGCGCCACCCUGUGGUCCGCAAACGGCAGGCAUUUAUUUUCAAGCAGGGGAGCGGGCGCUGGGGCUCCACCUGCACACCCACCCACGUCUGGGUCCUGGACUCUUCAGACCUCACUGACAUUGAAGACGCCGCAUGGAGCCGUCAGGGCAGCAGGAGUUCUCUGUCUAGGGCUGAAAACCUUGUGGAGACGCAGCUUAUGGACUGUUGCUGUGUCUGCAGGAGGAACAGCAGGAGGCACUGGAGCAGCACCUCAUACCUGCAGCAUCAGGUGACUGCAGCCGCUGGUUCUGCAGAGAUCUUCUGUGGUCAUUCCACCUGCUGCUCUGCUGACGUUGCCUUCAGGACUUUAAUCAGGCCUCAGUGUUCCUCAGGCUCAGGGGGGAACUCCGUGCCACAGUUUUGGACUAAAUGCUCCUCCUCCGUGGGCCCGCAGUGCCCCGAGCCUGAAAAAAAGACUGACCAAUCACGGGCAAGACGCUCACUGAGGUUCCUGAGUUUGUCUGGAUGUUACCAGGUCACUGAUUUAGGACUGAGGGCUCUGUCUCAGCGUGGAGGACUUCCUGUCCUGGAGCACCUGAACCUGUCAGGCUGUCUCUUCAUCACUGAGGUGGGGCUGCAGGAGCUGGUGUCAGUCUGCCCCUCCCUCAAUGACGAACACUUCUAUUACUGCGACAACAUCAAUGGUCCUCACGCAGACACAGCGAGUGGAUGUCAAAACCUGCAGUGUGGCUUCAGAGCGUGCUGCCGUUCAGGAGAGUAACCACGCCCUCUCCCUCGUCGACAUCAUCACUGACGUCUGUGUUUUUUUGCACUUUAAUGGCGGGAAAAGCCGUCAGCUGUUUUUCUGUGUCACUUGUUUCCAAAUGAAACUGUUAACGCUGCUCCUGUCUUUUCACAACAACUUCCCUCUGUCUUGUAGAAAAGGAAUAAGAGCCAGUUGUAACCAGUAGACACAGGAACACCAGUGUUUGGUUCUUUGUUCUCACUCCUCGGUCUGGUUCUGGUUCUGUUCAACUCACUGUGACAUCACUGUUGUUUUAAUGGCAUGGAAAAAUAAACAGGAGUUUAAUGAC